GUCCUUUUGCCCGCCAGUUUUAACUGCAACAACUUGAUACUUCACCAACAAAAGUUGAAAAUGGAUUCAAGCAACAUGCAUGAUGCCAGUGACAAGAGAGGAAAGCCCUGGGAGGACCAUGAGGUGGUGGCCCUCUGCAGCUUCGUGGGCUCACACGCAUCCCGUCUUUUUGGGAGUGGCGGGAGGGGAAGUUUGGGCGUGGAGCGCCAAAAGACGGAUGCUUGGGAGGAGUGCCGGAGGCACAUAGUAGCAGCAGGGGGUCGCCCAGACAGGUCCUGGGCGAAGCUGAGGAAAAAAUGGCAGGACUUGGCUUCUAAGGCCAAAAAAUACUCAACACAAAGGAAGCAGCAAGUGCAUGGAACUGGUGGAGGAGGCUUUGUGCCGGCCCACAGACUCUACGAGCUGGUGCUGCAGGCACUACCUGAUGAGCUCAGGGACGGCAUAGCUCCCAUUGACAUGGCUGAAACUGCCCCAUCAAGUGGAUCACACAAGAACGGUGUAGAAGUUGUUAAGCAACAUGCAGAAGUUUCUGUAGUACCAGCUACUGUGACUUCAUCACAAACAUCUCAAGAGAAUGUAAGGAAGCAACACGCUGCACUUUCUAUUGAGCGAGUACCAGCAACUGUGACUUCACUACAAGGAGCUAUACAGACUGUUAGGAAGAGGCCUGCCACAAGAAUGGACACGGAAACCGAAGAUUCUCAGGAAUCUCAGCAGGAAGGAAAGAGAAAGAGGAAGAAGGGGAAGAAAGCUGCGAAAAAAGAGACAGAUGAGGUCAACUUACUUUCCCUCAACAAAACUAUGGCUGCAAACGAGCAUAGAAAGGUCGAGGUUCUUGAAGGGAUUCUCACUACCCUUCAAGGAAUUCAUGGGUGCCUGCAGAUAUUGACUGCCACUCCCCAAUCUACAGCUGCAGAUAUCCAAACGCAUGCUGAGCAGUAGACAUUAUAAUUAAAGUGUUCUGUCCUGCUACAUUCUGUGUAUAUUACAGGAUGACACAGGCAUUAAUGUAUCACAUGCUCAAAGUGUUUAUACGAAAGAAAUCUGCAAAUAUAUAUAAAUAAAGAAUGUUCAACAUUUUGAACCCAUUUUAUUGUGUGUUUAGUAUCUCCUUAAUUUGGAAUAAUACUUAAAUCUUAAAACUUAAAAUCUCUUAUUUUCAAGUUUAAUAUGGUUUAACAUUAUAUCUUCAUAACAUGUUCAUAUUCAUUAUACAAACAUGUAUUACCCUUUUUUCAUUGAACCUUUGAAGAUAAUAUUUACAGUAUAUAAAAUACAAACAGUUUACAUACAAAUCCCAUUGCCACCUUCAAUGU